AAAUUCAAGUUUCCUCUUUUCUUCCUCAUCGUUUCCAGUCUCCUUUGCUCAGUCCACAAGCUAUCCACGAUCUGCUUACAUUCAGCGGUAAUUAAGUCAAAAGAACUUUCCAAAUUAAAUAAAAGAAAAAUAAUGAACACCAAAAAACAAAAGACGAUGUGUAAUGUGAAUGAUUACAUGUCAACUUUUGAUUAGUCCCUCUACCUCACCUCACUAACUUGACCGAAGACCAAACGCAAGUCUCCUGUAAAUUUAAGUCGUCUCCAUCUCCUGCUCAUCCUUUUCUUCACGCUUCAAACCCACCCAACCAGCCGACCAAGUCUAUGAUCAGAGCCUCGAAAAUUUUCUCUGCUGUUUCGUAAUUCUUCUUGCAAAUCCACUAUUUUCAGUUUUGCUUUUGUUUUAUCGGGAGAUCUGAUCUGAUGGCGAGGAGCAGAUCUUCAUCAUCUUCUUCCAGCUGGAGAUACUGUAAUCCUUCUUAUUAUCUCAAGAGACCGAAACGUCUAGCCAUGCUUUUCAUUGUCUUUGUUUCUGUUUCUUUUGUUGUUUGGGAUCGCCAGACUCUUGUUAGAGAACACGAGGUUGAAAUCUCAAAGUUAAAUGAAGAAGUUACACAAUUGCAAAAUAUGCUGGAAGAGUUAAAGGAUAGUAAUGGCAAUACAGUUCAAAAAAUUGAGAAUAUUGGAAAACAUGGUAAGAUCCCGGGUAAGAAGGUUUUAAAAGAUGAUCCUAUUGAUAUUCAGCGGAGAGAGAAAGUGAAAGAAGCUAUGAUUCAUGCAUGGAGUUCAUAUGAGAAGUAUGCGUGGGGUCAAGAUGAACUUCAGCCACAAACGAAGGAUGGUGUCAAUAGCUUUGGUGGUCUUGGAGCAACACUUAUAGACUCUCUUGAUACUUUAUAUAUAAUGGGUCUAGAUGAACAAUUUCGAAGAGCUAGAGAUUGGGUUGCAGAUUCAUUGGACUUUCACAAGGAUUAUGAAGCUAGUGUUUUUGAGACAACCAUAAGAGUUGUUGGUGGACUUCUUAGUGCAUAUGAUCUGUCACAAGACAAAGUGUUUCUUGAGAAAGCUAGAGAUAUUGCAGAUAGAUUGCUGCCUGCAUGGAAUACUCAUUCUGGAAUUCCUUAUAACAUUAUUAACUUGGCUCGUGGAAAUCCGCAUAACCCAUCAUGGACUGGAGGUGAUAGCAUUCUGGCAGAUUCUGGCACAGAGCAGUUGGAAUUUAUUGCUCUUUCCCAAAGGACAGGAGACCUGAAGUAUCAGCAGAAGGUGGAGAGGGUUGUAGAGGAGCUUAAUAAAACCUUCCCUGCUGAUGGUUUGCUACCCAUCUAUAUUAAUCCUCAGGGAGGAGCUAGAUCAUACUCGACCAUAACCUUUGGUGCCAUGGGUGAUAGCUUUUAUGAAUAUUUACUCAAAGUUUGGAUACAAGGGAACAAAACUUCAGCAGUGAGACCUUAUAGGGACAUGUGGGAGACAUCAAUGAAAGGUCUAUUAAGCUUGAUCAGGAGAACAACACCAUCAUCUUUUGCAUACAUUUGUGAGAAGAAUGGGGAUUCACUGACAGAUAAGAUGGACGAAUUAGCAUGCUUUGCUCCAGGAAUGCUGGCUUUAGGAUCAUUUGAUUUUGGGCCUGGUGAAUCUGAGAAAUUUCUUUCACUUGCACAAGAGCUUGCUUGGACAUGUUACAACUUCUACCAAUCAACACCAACAAAACUGGCCGGAGAGAAUUAUUUCUUUCAUUCUGGAGGGGACAUGACUGUAGGUACAUCAUGGAACAUAUUGAGACCAGAGACAGUUGAAUCACUUUUUUACCUGUGGCGAUUAACUGGCAAUGAGACAUAUAAAGAGUGGGGUUGGAAUAUAUUUCAAGCAUUCGAAAAGAACUCCCGCAUAGAAUCUGGAUAUGUCGGAUUGAAAGAUGUUAAUAGUGGAGUCAAAGACAACAAGAUGCAAACCUUCUUUCUUGCGGAGACUCUAAAAUAUCUGUAUCUUCUUUUCUCACCCCCCACGGUGAUCCCACUAGACGAGUGGGUUUUUAAUACAGAAGCACACCCGCUUAGAAUUGUGGCCCGGAAUGAAGAAAAUCUUGUACAGUCAAACAUGCAACAUAAACGACCAAAUUUCAGGUUCACCGGCAGGAAGGAAGGUCGGCAUGGAGAUGAAUAGGAUUCAGUUCCUGUUAAAUGUUCUUGGCUGAACUCAAUUUAUAAGUUUAUACUCACAUUAAUGAAGUGCCAAAGAGUUGGAUGUUAUCAUUUUUGAAACAGGCAGAGAGCCAGGGGAGUCUGCUGAUAUUUAUCAGCGAAUAAUAUUUCACUGUAGACUUCCGACGCUCGUGCAGGUAAGAAAAUGUUGUAUUCUAUGGUAAAAUGUCGAUGACUUGAAGGUGAUGGAUCUGUAGCGUAGAAUAUAUAGAUUAUUAAACAUGGCAUAUUAUUCAACAGGAGUACGGGAUUUUUCCCACACCGUCAACCAUGAGUUGAUUAAAAAAUUUUAAUCUUUUAUGGAAGGCCAUGUUGUUUUGA